GCCGAGCCGAGCCAAGGCCGCCCGAAGCCGGCCGCCGAGCCGAGCCGGGGCUGCCCGAACAGAGGCCGAAACGGCACGAAGAGGCCCGGUCGAGCCGAGCCGAGACACAGAGUCCGGAAACGAGGGAGGCCGAAGUGGUCCGAAGUGCGAAGCCGAGUCGGUCCGAACUGGUCCGAGGCAGCACGAGGGUUUCCGAGCGGCUCUGUGCUAGCUCUCCUAAGCGCCUAGGAGGUCGCGCGGGCCGUGGUCCCCAGCCAAUGGGGUCACCUACUGUGAGGCCAACUCCGCCGACCUCGGACGCAGCGCGACACAGCCUGGAGAACCUUGCGCUGCAGGCUCCGCCCGCCCCCGCCGCCGGCGGGAGCCGAGCCCGCCCGAGGAGGAGCCGAGCGGAGCCGAACGCUCCCGAGCCGGGAUCCUCACGAGCCUCGGCUCUCCUCCUCCUCCUGUCCGAAAGUGCCCGAGCGCUGUCGGAAGGGCUAAUUGGGCCUCGGCCACGGUUCGGAAUCAAGUCCCGAAACGCGGCGCCGUCGAGCCCCUUCGGGAGCAGAAGCGAAAAUGGCCGAAGGGACGCCGUUCGCGUCCGGCGCCGAGAGGCUGCCGGGAUCGCGGCGGACUCUGGGGGCCGGGCGGCGCGGGGCGGGGCCCAGGGACAAGAUGGCGGCUUCGCAGCGAGGCCCGCAUCGCUGAAGGUUUGCUACAGCAUUUCCCCCCGAGCCCGCCAUCCCCGUAGCAGUGCGCGGCUAGCAAAGAGAUGGGAAGCUCUGAAGCGAACCGUCAAGAGAGGGUCAGAAGGGAAGAAAACCCUCAUGAACGUGAAAUCCGCCCAAGUAAUGACAGGGAGAGCUUCCUCCACGGUGCUCUCAUCACUCCCGCUCCAGAUGGUGCUCUAUCUGAGUGGAACGUACUGCGCCCUUUAUUUCCUAGCUACGCUCCUGCUGAUUGUGUAUAAAAGUCAGGUUUUCACUUAUCCUCACAGUUACCUGGUCCUGGACCUGACUCUGCUCUUUCUGAUGGGGAUCUUGGAAACAAUGCAGUUAUACUUUGGUGAGUUGACUGAAAACCGCAUAGUACUUGAGAUAACAGAAUCGCUAGCUUUAAGUGCGAACCUUUAAAUAUUCGCCAUUUUGUAACAUGGUUCCUAGAGACACUUUUGAUUUAAACUGCUUAACCAUGGUCUUGCAGGCCUCGCCUUACAGUGUCAUUAGUAUUAAUUAGUUUAUGCAGGAGCUUGGUCCACAAGACAAAGGAUACUGGCUACGUCCUUGGUGGGGACGCUUCCCGUUUGGAAGCAUAUGGUGCCCAAGCUGCCGGCUGACAAACAGCUCUGAGAUUAGAACCCAGCUCAGCCAUGACUCUGGGGCCCAAACACUUGCCCAUCCCUGCCUCCUCUUCCGCUGGCCUCAGUGGUCAGGAGGAGAAGGAUCUGGAAAGUUGUGUCAGGCCCCCAGUAGGGCCUGCAGGGUGGAAGGCUCCCCAGUCCAGCUCCAGGAGGCCCCCAGCUGGAGCCUCGCUUGGCCGCCCCACCUCACAUCCUGAGGCUCAGGUGCUAAAGGAGCCCCGAGAGAGCAUCCCCCCCACCCCCGGCCCCACCAGCUCACCACCAGGGCCCAGGCCUCCUCAUUCCCCGUCAGGCACAGGGACAUGGGCACGUCUCUUUUAAACGGGAUCACACUGUGUGUUCUGCUGACACGUCAACACAUCUAAGAAACACUCACUCGUGCCCCUGGAACUGGAAUGGCUGAUGGAACAGCCUGUGCGUUGGGCCCCCACCCCCACCCCCGCCCUGCACACACACACACCCGUGACACAGAUGAGCCCGUGCCCAUGGGUGGGCAGCAGAUGGCACUGGGGGGCCCUGGGCCCCCGUGGCCGGGACAACUGGAGAUCAGCGUCUUCCAUGCUGAUGCGUUUGCUUGUACAUGUGCAGUCGCUCUGUUUUUGUGAGUAUGCGUGAAAUUUUCCAGAAUGACCUUAGCCCAGUGUGAAAUAUUUUUGGAAAUUUUAAACAAAAUCCUCUCAGUCCAUGUGGAACUAGGAAAAGGUGUCAGAAUGCAAUUGGAUCAUUUUUAAAAAACCAAACUUCCUCUCCCACCCCCAUGACUGACCCAGGGGCCACAAGUAGAACAUCACAGCCUCGGUUGUCUUCAACCCUCACUGAGGAAGACAUGCUCCCUUUUGCGUUUGUCUUCCAACACUUUGAUGAGUCCCCUGCAGUGGUCACAGUGGGAUCUUUCACUGGAAGUCCUCAAGCAUCGCAUGGUGGUCAAAGCUGGCACUGGUCUCAUGGCCAAGACGCUGGGGUCUCCCACGCACAUGCAUCCCAAAGCCUGGCUCUCAACUAGCACAUCUGUUCUCUUCAGGCACCAAGGGCAACCUGAUGGAGGCCGAGGUGCCCCUGGCCGCCAGCCUGGUCCUCACGGUGGGCGGUGCCCUGCUGUCCGUCUACUUCCUGCUCUGGCAGACCCUGGUGCUGCGGGCGGACUCGGCCCUCAGCGCCACACU